AUGGACAGUAGAGUAACCGACAGUAGAAUUAUCAACAGUGGAGUUAUCGAUAGUAAAAUCAACAACAGUAGAGUUACUUACAGUAGAAUUAAGAACAGUAGAGUUAUAAACAUUAGAGUUACCGAAAGUAGAAUUAUCGGUAGUAAAGUUAUCGACAGUAGAUUUAUUGAAGGUAGAGUAAUCGACAGUAGAGUUGACAAUAAUAGAAUUAUCGACAGUAGAGUUAUCGAUAGUAGAAUUAUCUACAGUAGAGUAAUCGACAGUAGAGUUACCGAUAGUAGAAUUAUCGACUGUAAGGAUACCGAUAGUAGAAUUACCGACAGUAGAGUUCUCGACAAAAGAAUUAUCGACAGAAGAGUUAUCGACGGUAGAACUAUCGAUAGUAGAGUUACCGACAGUAGAAUUAUCGACUGUAGAGAUACCGAUAAUAGAAUUACCAACAGUAGAGUUAUCGUCAAAAGAAUUAUCGACAAUAGAGAUAUCGACGGUUGA